CUCUUUUCCUCAUUAAAAACAUAAACCUUUAAGGCUUUAAUACCCUUUCCAUCUAAGUUCCACGCUCUUCCUCCCCUUUAAAACACCCUCAUUUUUUUUUUCUUUUGUUGUAAAACUUCAACUCUUAACAAAAAACUUCAUGCAACAAUGGCUAUUGAUUGCAUGAGAAAUUUAUCUUCUACCCCAAAAUCCUACCAAAACUCUAAACAAGAGCAAAACAAUCCACUUAUUUUUGAUGCCUCAUUUCUUAACCAUCAAUCACAUAUACCUCAACAAUUUAUAUGGCCAGAUGGUGAAAAACCCGAUUUCAUUGAACCCGAAGAAUUAGCAGUACCCCUUAUCGAUCUCCAAGGUUUUCUAUCAGAUGAUCCUGAGGAAACCUUAAAGGCCUCGAAACUCAUAGGCGAAGCAUGUCUUAAACAUGGCUUCUUCCUUGUUGUUAAUCAUGGUGUUGAAAGAGAUUUAAUCAAAGAUGCCCAUAAUUUAAUGGAUGACUUUUUUGAAGAACCUUUGUCUCUAAAGCAAAAAGCUCUAAGGAAGCUUGGAGAACAUUGUGGUUAUGCUAGUAGUUUUACUGGUAGAUUCUCUUGUAAUUUACCUUGGAAAGAAACUCUUUCCUUUAACUACUCUCCUCAGGAGAGUUCAUCUUCUAAAACUCAUGUCCAAGAUUACUUCAACAAUAAAUUUGGUGAUUCUUUCAAUCACUUGGGGACAACGUACCAACAAUACUGCGAAGCGAUGAGCACACUUUCACUUAGAAUCAUGGAAUUACUUGGUCUAAGCCUAGGAGUAGGAAGAAGACAUUUUAGAGAAUUUUUUGAAGGACAUGAAUCAGUGAUGCGACUGAAUUACUAUCCACCAUGUCAAAGACCUGACCUCACCCUCGGAACUGGCCCUCAUUGUGACCCAACUUCAUUAACCAUCCUUCACCAAGACCAAGUUGGUGGUCUUCAAGUGUUUGCUGAUGGAAAAUGGCGUUCCAUUUCUCCCAAUUUCAACGCUUUUGUCGUCAACAUUGGUGACACUUUCAUGGCGUUAUCAAAUGGAAGAUACAAGAGUUGCUUGCAUAGAGCUGUGGUGAAUAGUGAAAAGCCAAGGAAAUCAUUAGCAUUUUUCCUAUGCCCAAACAAGGAUAAGGUGGUAAAACCACCAAGAGAACUUGUAGACGAAGAGAAUAACCCAAGGGUGUAUCCUGAUUUUACAUGGCCUCUGUUGCUGGAAUUCACACAAAAGCACUAUAGAGCUGAUAUGAAUACUUUGAAGGUUUUCUCUCAAUGGGUUCAACAACAAAGAUCAACUCAACAAGUGGAAAAGUGACCUAAAAUUGACCUAUUUUGGAAGUUAUUAUCCCAUAAGAGUACUUCUAUAUUUAAAGAAAAGAGAGAUUAUUGGAAAUAUUGAGGAUAAGAGGGGAGAGAGAUCAUGAUGCAUGAUAUAAUAGUAUAAAUGAAAAGAAAAAAAGUUUUUCAAGGUAGUUUGCAGACUGGAAUUAAAGAGCUUAUUUAGCACUUUUCUUUAAUUUCCUUGUUUUUUAAUAUUUUAAUUUAGUAGACAAACUAGUUAGUGUUUAGAUGAGGCAAGUAAUCUAAGAAACAAAAGAAUUAGGCAUAAUCAAUAUUUAUUUUCAUGUAUAAAUUUGAUAUAAUAAUAUAGUAAUUAUCUA